GUAAUUCAUAAAAAAGACACCCACAAAAUGCCAAUCUCUCUUCACGGCGCGCAUGAUUUGCACUAGUGUUCCACUAUGCAUCGCCCGUGAGUCCGUGACUCUUAAUGCUCUGUGACUGUAUUUUCCAUCUCUCUCCAUUUCUUUAAUUUCCAUAAACAUUUCCAUAUAUAUAUAUACUCAUUAAUUCAUUAAUGGCUUAUUCGAAACCACUCCAUCAUCAUUCUCUUUCCUCCUCCGCUGCUUCGGUCUCUUAAUCAUCCCCAUGUCCUCCACUCUCAUCCUUCUCUUCUCUCUCUUCCUGUUAGCCUCUCCCUCUUCCUCCUCCUCCUCCCGCCACCACCACAACUCUCCCCAAUCACCCUCCAACACUCAGAUCCGUCUCGCCUGUAACGCAACUCGUUACCCAGACCUAUGCCUCUCUUCACUAUCCAAACCAGGUCUUCUCCCUCCGAACCCCAACUCAUCUCACAUCCUCCACUCAGCGAUCUCCGUCUCUCUCCAAAACCUCGAAACAGCUCAGUCCAAAGUGAACUCUAUCCUGCACGCGUCCGUAGGCAAUCUCAACCGCACCAACGCCGCGAACACGUGCCUCCAGCACCUCUCUUACUCCAAACUCCGCACCUUAGCGACGGAUCACGCUCUGACACGUGGCCGAAUCAAAGACGCUCGCGCUUGGAUGAGCGCUGCUCUCGUGUAUCAAUACGACACAUGGUCAGCGCUCAAGUACGUCAACGGGACAACACAAGUCGGGGAAACGAUGUCGUUUCUCGACGGACUCAUCCACGUCACCAGUAACGCUCUUAGCAUGAUGGUCGCGUUAGAUAACUUCGGAGACGACGUCGCGUCGUGGACUCCCCCUGCAACGGAACGAGACGGGUUCUGGGAGAAGACUGGGCCGGGUCUGGGCUCGGAUACGGGUACUUUGGGUUUCCCUUCCGGUUUAAAAGAAGAUGUGACGGUGUGUAAAGACGGAAAAUGCAGUUACGAGACGGUGCAGGACGCCGUCAACGCGGCGCCUGAUAACAACGACGGAGCGCGUAAGUUUGUUAUAAGAAUUAGCGAAGGAGUGUAUGAGGAGAUCGUUAGGGUUCCGUUUGAGAAGAAGAACGUUGUCUUCAUUGGAGACGGCAUGGGUAAAACGGUCAUUACGGGAUCCUUAAACGCCGUGAUGCCUGGGAUGACCACGUACAACACUCCAACUGUAGGAGUGUUAGGAGAUGGAUUCAUGGCUCGUGAUAUAACGUUCCAAAACACGGCGGGACCAGACUCUCACCAAGCGGUUGCGUUUAGAUCCGACAGCGACUUUUCUCUGCUAGAGAACUGUGAGUUCCUUGGGAACCAAGACACACUCUAUGCACAUGGUCUUCGUCAGUUCUACAAAAAAUGCCGUAUCCAAGGGAACAUUGACUUUAUCUUUGGAAACUCAGCAUCUGUCUUCCAAGACUGUGAGAUCCUUGUCGCACCGCGUCAAGUUAACCCCGAAAAAGGCGAGAAAAACGCUAUCACUGCACAUGGAAGAAUUGACCCGUCACAGUCAACAGGAUUCGUGUUCUUGAACUGUUUGAUAAACGGGACCGAGGAGUACAUGAAGUUGUAUAAAGCUAACCCUAAGGUGCAUAUAAACUUCUUGGGGAGACCGUGGAAAGAGUUCUCAAGGACUGUUUUUAUAGGCUGUGAUAUGGAGGCUUUGAUAACUCCUGAUGGUUGGUCACCGUGGGGAGGAGAUUUUGCUCUUCAGACGCUUUAUUAUGGAGAGUCUAAGAACACGGGUUUGGGAUCAGAUAGGUCACAGAGGGUUUCAUGGAGUAGUGAGAUACCAGAAGAGUAUGUUCAUGUGUACUCGGUGUCUAACUUUCUUCAAGCUGAUGAGUGGGCUUUGAUGUCUGGUUGAAUUUAGUUACGACUAAAAAUGGUUAUGGAAAAGCUUUAAUUAGUUGUGAAAUUUUAUAAGACAAAACAAAAAAUAUCCAAACUUUGUAGUCAUGUUGGUUUAUAUCAAUUGAAAGUGCAGCACACAUAACAGAAUUU